AUGGUGGCCUGCGGUCCGGCUCCGCCGCGGAGCCGCCUAGGAGCCGCCGCCCGGCUUGGCGCUCAGCCCCGGCGCGACUGCGCCAUGGCCGCUGGACCUGCACACCCGGGUGGGCGCUCCUGUGCGCAGAUGCCUCACCUGAGCAAGAUGGAGCAGAUGGUGUUGAGUAUGCAGGACCCCGACCAGGGCGUGAAGAUGCGGAGCCAGCGACUGCUCAUCACAGUCGUUCCUCACACUGUGACUGGCAACGAGGUCGUGGAGUGGCUGAUCCAGAAGUACUGCAUCUCAGAGGAGGAGGCCCUGCACCUGGGCCUCCUGCUGCUGCGGCACGGCUACCUGUAUCCGCUCCGCACGCCCUGCAGCCCCGAGCUGCAGCUGGACGGGACGCUCUACAGGUUCCAGACACCCUAUUUCUGGACAAGCACGCUGUGGCUGGCUACUGAGCUGGACUAUGCCAUCUACCUGGCCAAGAAGAAUAUCCAAAAGCAGGGGGCCCUGGCCGACCAUGAGAAGGAGCACUAUGACCAGCUGCACAGGAAAAUCAGCUACACGUGGGACCUGGUAGUGAUGCAGGCAAGAGAACAGCUGCGGGCAGCCAAGCAGCGCAGGAAAGGGGACAGGCUGGUCAUUGCGUGCCAGGAGCAGACGUACUGGCUGGUGAACAGGCCCCCGCCUGGGGUCCCCAGCGUGCUGGAGCAGGGUCCGGAGCAGGGGCCCUUCACUGUCGGGCGAGUGCAGAUGACCGAGAACGUGGAUUUCUAUAAGUGGGAGAUCGAGUACUGCAGAAAGGCGCUGGGCAGGACCCGGGUGAAGUCCUCCAUCUGCCUUGAGGCGUACCUGAAGUUCAGCAGCCAGCGCGGGGCACAUGACCCCAUCAUGUCAGGGUGCCUGCCCAGCAACCCCUGGGUCACAGACGAUGACACCUACUGGGCCAUGAACACAUCCAGUGUGGCCGUACCCACAAAGCUCCGUGUAGAGCGAUGGGGCUUCAGCUUCCGGGAACUCCUGGAAGACCCCGUGGGACGGGCCCAUUUCAUGGACUUUCUCAGGAAAGAGUUCAGUGCUGAGAACCUCAGCUUCUGGGAAGCAUGUGAGGAGCUGCGCCACGGAGGGCAGGCCCAGGUCCCUGCCCUGGCGGACUCCGUGUACCAGCAGUUCCUGGCCCCUGGUGCUGCCCGCUGGGUCAACAUCGACAGCCAGACGAUGGAGCUGACCCUGGAGGGCCUGUGCCGGCCCCACCGCUACGUGCUGGACGAUGCCCAGAUGCACAUCUACAUGCUGAUGAAGAAGGACUCCUACCCGAGGUUCCUGAAGUCGGACAUGUACAAAGCUUUGCUUGCAGAGGCCGUGAUCCCCCCGGAGACAAAGAGACGAGUGUUCCCAUUCGUGUGGAAGCCACGACAUUCGAGCUCCAGACCUGCUUUGCUUCCUGCCUCCGCCUCCGCCUCCGCGGACAGUGCAGCUGCUGCUCGGGGCCCUGGGGGUGGUGAUGGGGAGGCGUAGUUGGGCCGCAGCCUGGAGGAGGAAGUGACCAGCCUUGCCUCUAUCACCCUUUUCUAGCCUAGGGUCCUGGCAGAGGCUGAGACCCCCAGCAUGGGCAC